UCCCAGUUUCGAAACAGAGGUCUUUAACUUCCAACUGUGUAAAGACGCAGGUCGGACAAGACGAUCGAGACGAAGAAGCGAAGAAGAAGAUGGCAAGGAGGUCAAUGGUGUGUCUAAUUUUGAUGUUUUUUAUUUUCUCUAUUGCCGCGUCAAUCGAUGACAAAUGUGGAGCUUGUAACGCCGUCGCGGAGGAGUUAGAGCUAGGUCUUUUGAAGGAAAAACCGAGGAAUCAUUUGGAUAUGCGACAUCGUUUGGAUUCAAAAGGUCAGCGCGUAGGAAAGGUAAUUGAUUACAGAGUCAGUGAGCUUAGAGUUGUUGAUCUCUUGGAAGGGCUAUGUGAUAAGAUGCUAGAUUAUACUCUUGAGAAGGUAGAUUUAACUAGACGGGAGUGGGUCAGAGUGGAUCACUGGGAUAACCUUACAAUUAGUAAACAAGAAGCUAAGACAUAUGCGAAAGAUAUCUCCACUUAUUGUGGAAGGUUACUUGAGGAAACUGAAGAUGAGCUGGCUGAAUUGAUAAAGAAAGGGUCUAUUCAAGCAGGAGAUGUAAGCAAGGUUCUCUGCCAAGAUUUAAGCAAGCACUGUCACGUGUCAAGUGGAAAGCAGUCGGUGGAUGACAAUAUGAAUGAAUCUGAUGGCGAACUCUGAGUCACCGAAAAUUAUUUGCAGAUUGAGCUCGACAUAAAAUGAGAAGAAUGAGAAUGAGAGGUAUCAACGCAAACUACUUGAUAGUUUAAUAGAUUCAUACAACAUACUUGAUCUAAGAUGUGCAGGAAUUGGAAAACAGAGAAUGACAAUUACACGACAAUUAUUUCCUCGAAUGAGCCUUAAGGUCAGCCAUGGCAGAGGGGGCGGUUGCAGCCAUGGAUGAUGGAACCAUGACAAAUUAUCAGUUGUCGUCCAACACUCCCUUGAGUGAAUUCAGCCCCUCUGUUGAUAUGCUCCUUGGAACUCGCCUGAUGGUAUUUCUAUCCGAGGGUCAGGGGAGAAGCGAACCGCGAUGACUGUUCAGUUAUCGCUAGUGUUGCCAUUGAAUGCCUCCCUGACGAGUUCUCUUGAACAGCUCUCUGGAUCAUUAUGUAGCAUCAAUAUCAUACUGCGAUUCAAUUAAAUACAAAGAAUUGUGGUUGGAUAUUAACCGAAUCGAGUUUAGUUUAAGUUUA